GAAUCAAUGGAUCAUCAGAAAAUGGAAAAGGAAAGGGAGAAGCAGAGACGGGAGGAGGUUAAGCAGAAGAAGGAGGAGGAUGGAGGUGGUGGUAGUCAUAGUGAAAUAUCAAGGAUGAAGCCAUUAACAUAUGAAGCCUAUGGCGGUGGAAUGUACGGUAGAGAGCCAGAUCAGCCUGCAAAAGAAAAAGCAAAACCACGGGCCAGUGACAGCCAGAGUGCCGACGGACCAGCUGAAGCCACCACUCAACCCCCCAAGCACACACCCCCACCUUCCACCGGCGACCGAGACCUUGAUAUCACUGGUCAAUCCUAUAUUCAGUAGUAGUAUACUUGUACCAAUACCACUAUAUAUAUUGUAAGACCCUUAAUCAUAAUCACCAAGACCAAAACAUGAACUACAACUUAGAGAGAAAUAUUCAAUUUAUGUAUAUGAGAAAACACAGCAAGAAGAACAUACCUGCACUUGUAGCAGAAUCCGAAGCCAUAGCAGCAAGCUUUCAGUGUACCUUCUCUUCUCUCGCAGGUUAUCAAGAGCUCGACUUAUAAAUAGGAUUAAGUCCAAAAUAAUGAGCAUGUCCCUGUGAGAAGAGAGGCCACUAUAUAUAUACAUAUAAUCUUUACCAUAACUGAUUAGGAUUCCCUAUCAAAAUCCAUAUAGGAAACAAAUUCUUGUUUCCUUGUUCUGAUCUU